CAAAUCAAUACUAAUUCAUCAAUCACUUCAGAAACAUCAAAACACACAACAACACAAACCCGAUCUGAUCUCCGACAAUACAUUGAACUCAACACUACUUACAAAUCUCCGACGAUCAGUUCUCAAUCAGUUCCUAACCAUGGCUCAGAAUCAACAACCAAUCUUUCAGACCAAGCCACAAGAUCAUUUUGUGCAGAUUCCCAUCAACAUCGAGCGUGACUCAACCACACUCAUAAACCAAACCGGAAACUCAAACCGGAAACCAAACCACUGGCCAACGAUCCUCCUCUCGACCAUCCUCGUCAUCGUGGGACAAACCGUAGCCAAACUCCUCGAAAACUUCUACUACGACCAAAUCAACCGAAGCGAGUACGACGAAUCCCGUCAAAACGACGGCGUCUGGACUCAAGCCCUCCUCCAAACCGUCGGGUUCCCUCUCCUCCUCCUCCCUUUCAUCAUCAUCGCCGCCAAGAAACAACAUAACAACCAACCUUGCCACCAACUCCACUACAAAUCCCUCACCGUGAUCUACAUCUGCAUCGGAGUCGUCAUGUCGGUCCAAGCGAGGCUCUCCGCCAUGGGAAAGCUCGAGAUCCCGUUCGGCGUCUUCACACUCAUAUACACGACUCAGCUCCUCUUCACUCCUCUCUUCGCGCGUCUCGUCAACAAGAUCAAGUUUAACAGAUGGGUCGUGAUCUCGUCGGCUCUGGCCAUCGCCACCGGAGCUCUCACCUUAUCCUCCGCCUUCGGCGGCGAGCCCGACGAGGCCGAGGAGAAUUACGCGAGAGGCUCGUGGGCCGCUCUGUUCGCCGCCGUCUGCUUCUCCCUCCUCCUCUGUAACAUCCAAAACGUCUUCGACAGCUACAUCUUCAAACGGACCGAGACAACCACCGCAAGAAAGCCGAGCUUCUUCGCUUCGGUUCUUGAAGUCAUCGUCUUCUCCUCCCUAGUCGCCACGAUCAUCUCCGCGGCGGGGCUUCUCAUCGCCGGGGAGCAGGACGAUUUGAAGAGGGAGAUGAACGAGUUCUCGAAGGGGAAAGGCGCGUACGUGAUGGCUAUGGUGGGUCAAGCUGUUUCGUGGCAGGUAUACUGGGUUGGGAUAGUUGGACUUGUGUUCUCUGUCUCGAGCGUGUUGUCGAACGUGAUCAGCGUUGUUACGUGGCCGAUCGUGUCGGUUCUUGUGGUGAUAUUCUUUAACUUCAUGGAUGAUGAGUUUGAUGUGUUCAAAGGUAUCGCUUUGAUCACCGCCGUCUUGAGCGCCGCCGCUUAUUUCUUCAGGCUUCACAAAGAGAAUCGUGACAGUGACGUAAUAGCUAAUUAAUUUAAAUUUUCUUUAGUUUUUUUUUUAAGUUUUAUUGUGUGUAAAUUAAAUCAUUUUUUAAAAAAUUUGUGUUUAUAUGUAACAGUUUAAGUUCUUGUAGGUGUAAACUUACACUAUUUUUUUAUUUGUGUGUUUCUAGUCUCUACAAUGAAAUGUUUGAAAUAUGAAGAUUGUAAACUUUUUGUUUUAUGAGUGUUUGUUGUUCAAAAAGAAGAUUUUGUUUUAUGAAA